ACUCCAUCGCUCCCACGCUCUGCACAAAGGUGGCUUCCAGGAAUCGCUGAAAUAGGAGACAAAGGACAACACUUUUUUUCCUCUGUGCCAUGACAAGAUAGGAGGAGUGGAGGAGGAGGAGCAGCAGCAGCAGCGGCAUUGCAGAAGCAAGCUGAGAGAGAGCUCGCGCGCGGGGGUAUCCGGGAAUGGUGGCGAUCUCCACCGAUUCCUCUCGGAUCUAGAGCGGCAGCUCGGCAUCUCCGUGCCUCUCUCUCUCUCUCGCCUUCGUCACCGCCGCCGGUGGGGUGUGAGGGCGGCCGGAGAGCGGGGAGAUGGCGGCCAACCGGGGGAUGGUCGCGGGGUCGCACAAUCGCAAUGAGUUCGUCAUGAUCCGCCACGACGGCGACGCGCCCGCCCCGGGUAAGGAGGUAAAAGGCGCGGGUGGUCAGGGCUGCCAGAUAUGUGGUGACACUGUUGGUGUUUCGGCCAGCGGUGAUGUCUUUGUUGCCUGCAAUGAGUGCGCCUUCCCGGUCUGCCGCCCUUGCUAUGAGUAUGAACGCAAGGAUGGGGUCAAAUGCUGUCCUCAGUGCAAGACUAGAUACAAGAGGCUGAAAGGUAGCCCCCGAGUUCCGGGAGAUGAGGAGGAAGAAGAUGUUGAUGACCUGGACAAUGAGUUCAACUACAAGCAAGGGAAUGGCAAAGGUCCAGAGUGGCAGCUGCGGGGUCAAGGAGAAGACAUUGAUUUGUCUUCAUCCUCUCGCCAUGAACCUCAUCAUCGUAUUCCUCGGCUGACAAGUGGACAACAGAUCUCGGGGGAAAUCCCCGAUGCUUCCCCUGAUCGCCACUCUAUUCGCAGCCCAACAUCAAGCUAUGUCGAUCCAAGUGUCCCAGUUCCUGUGAGGAUUGUGGACCCUUCGAAGGACUUGAACUCCUAUGGGCUUAACAGUGUUGACUGGAAGGAAAGAGUUGAAAGCUGGAGGGUUAAGCAGGACAAAAACAUGAUGCAGGUGACCAAUAAAUAUCCAGAUGCAAGAGGAGGAGGAGGAGACAUGGAAGGAACUGGCUCAAAUGGCGAAGAUAUGCAAAUGGUUGAUGAUGCACGUUUACCUCUGAGCCGUAUAGUGCCUAUUCCUGCAAACCAGCUCAACCUUUACCGGAUAGUGAUCAUUCUCCGACUUAUCAUCCUGUGCUUCUUCUUCCAGUAUCGUGUGACUCAUCCAGUGCGUGAUGCUUAUGGAUUAUGGCUAGUGUCUGUUAUCUGUGAGAUUUGGUUCGCCUUGUCUUGGCUUCUAGAUCAGUUUCCAAAAUGGUAUCCAAUCAACCGUGAAACAUACCUUGACAGGCUUGCAUUGAGGUAUGAUAGGGAGGGAGAGCCAUCACAGCUGUGUCCCAUUGAUAUCUUUGUCAGUACAGUGGAUCCACUGAAGGAACCUCCCCUGAUCACAGCAAAUACUGUUCUGUCCAUUCUUGCUGUGGAUUACCCUGUCGACAAAGUGUCAUGCUAUGUUUCUGAUGAUGGUUCAGCUAUGUUAACGUUUGAGUCGCUCUCAGAAACUGCAGAAUUUGCUAGGAAGUGGGUUCCGUUUUGCAAGAAGCACAACAUUGAACCAAGGGCCCCGGAGUUUUACUUUCAGCAAAAAAUAGAUUACCUAAAGGACAAAAUCCAGCCUUCUUUUGUGAAGGAAAGACGAGCAAUGAAGAGAGAGUACGAAGAAUUUAAAAUACGAAUCAAUGCACUUGUUGCCAAAGCCCAAAAAGUGCCUGAAGAGGGGUGGACCAUGGCCGAUGGCACCGCUUGGCCUGGGAAUAACCCUAGGGACCAUCCUGGCAUGAUUCAGGUGUUCUUGGGGCACAGUGGUGGCCUUGACACUGAUGGUAAUGAGUUGCCACGGCUUGUGUAUGUCUCUCGUGAAAAGAGACCAGGUUUCCAGCAUCACAAGAAGGCUGGUGCAAUGAAUGCACUGAUUCGCGUAUCUGCUGUAUUGACAAAUGGUGCCUAUCUUCUUAAUGUGGAUUGUGAUCACUACUUCAAUAGCAGCAAAGCUCUUAGAGAAGCAAUGUGCUUCAUGAUGGAUCCCGCUCUAGGAAGGAAAACUUGCUAUGUCCAAUUUCCACAAAGAUUUGACGGCAUUGAUUUGCACGAUCGAUAUGCUAAUCGCAACAUAGUUUUCUUUGAUAUCAACAUGAAAGGUUUAGAUGGCAUUCAGGGUCCAAUGUAUGUCGGGACAGGAUGCUGUUUCAAUAGGCAGGCCUUGUAUGGCUAUGAUCCUGUAUUAACUGAGGCUGAUUUGGAACCUAACAUUGUUGUUAAGAGCUGCUGCGGUGGCAGAAAGAAAAAGAGCAAGAGCUAUAUGGAUAACAAAAACCGUAUGAUGAAGAGAACCGAGUCUUCUGCUCCCAUCUUCAACAUGGACGAUAUAGAAGAGGGUAUAGAAGGUUAUGAGGAUGAAAGGUCCAUGCUUAUGUCCCAGAAGAGAUUGGAGAAACGAUUUGGUCAGUCUCCUAUAUUUACUGCAUCCACCUUUAUGACUCAAGGAGGCAUACCACCUUCAACGAACCCAGCUUCCCUACUAAAGGAAGCCAUCCAUGUCAUCAGCUGUGGAUAUGAGGACAAAACCGAAUGGGGAAAAGAGAUUGGCUGGAUCUAUGGUUCAGUUACUGAAGAUAUUCUUACUGGGUUUAAAAUGCACGCAAGAGGAUGGAUAUCAAUCUACUGCAUGCCACCGCGGCCUUGUUUCAAGGGUUCUGCACCAAUCAAUCUCUCUGACCGUCUUAAUCAAGUUCUCCGAUGGGCUCUUGGGUCUGUUGAAAUUCUGUUUAGCAGACAUUGUCCUAUCUGGUACAAUUACGGUGGGCGGUUGAAACUUCUGGAGAGGGUGGCUUACAUCAACACCAUUGUUUAUCCAAUAACAUCCCUCCCACUUAUUGCCUAUUGUGUCCUUCCUGCUAUCUGUCUGCUCACCAACAAAUUUAUCAUUCCCGAGAUCAGUAACUAUGCUGGGAUGUUCUUUAUUCUUAUGUUUGCCUCCAUCUUUGCCACCGGUAUAUUGGAGCUCCGAUGGAGUGGUGUCGGCAUCGAGGACUGGUGGAGAAACGAGCAGUUUUGGGUUAUUGGUGGCACAUCUGCCCAUCUUUUCGCAGUGUUCCAGGGUCUGCUGAAGGUGUUGGCCGGGAUCGACACCAACUUCACGGUUACCUCGAAGGCAAACGACGAGGACGGCGACUUUGCCGAGCUAUAUGUGUUCAAGUGGACCAGUCUCCUCAUCCCUCCGACCACCGUCCUUGUGAUUAACCUGGUGGGCAUGGUGGCAGGCAUAUCAUAUGCCAUCAACAGCGGUUACCAGUCCUGGGGUCCACUCUUCGGAAAGCUCUUCUUCUCAAUCUGGGUGAUCCUCCAUCUCUACCCCUUCCUCAAGGGUCUCAUGGGGAAGCAGAACCGCACGCCAACCAUCGUCAUUGUUUGGUCCAUCCUCCUCGCCUCCAUCUUCUCCCUCCUGUGGGUGAAGAUCGACCCUUUCAUAUCCGAUACCCAGAAAGCCGUCGCUAUGGGGCAGUGCGGCGUCAACUGCUGAUCGGCGCCGGAGAGUAUCUUCCCCCCUCGUGUAAAUACCGGAGGGGGGUUAGAUGGGAUUUUUUGUUGUUGUAGAUGAAGAUGGAGUUUUAUCUAAAUUAUUGCCCCUUUGUUAGUAGUACCCUUUCCUACGAAACCUGCAGCGUACAUUGUGAUUUUUCCUGCUCUUCUUCCAUUUGUGAUACUACCUGUUGUUUGUUGCUUAUAGAGUAUAUUAUGUCAGAACGUAUUUACACACUAUGGCAUCAACUAUUUAUAAGGCAGCUGUUCAUCAACUCUUCUGCAA